GAAGCGCUUGCCAAGCUGGUAAAACACUUUGGCUGGACUUGGAUAGGUGCUGUCCGGUCAGAUUCGGACUAUGGCAAUAAUGGUAUGGCGUCUUUUCUGGACGCAGCACACAGAGAGGGGAUCUGUGUGGAAUACUCUGAAUCUUUCUAUCGGACCCACCCACGUAGCAGGAUCCAGAGAGUAGCAGACGUUAUCCGCAGGUCGACAGCUAUGGUUGUUGUGGCAUUUGCAGCCUUUGGAGAGGUGAGGCUUCUGCUGGAGGAGCUGUCGCUCGAGCCAUCUCCACCUCGCCAGUGGAUAGGCAGUGAAGCCUGGGUAACAGACACAGAAUUGCUGAGGUUCAGCUUCUGUGCUGGAGCCAUCGGAUUUGGCAUUCAGAAAUCUGUCAUCCCAGGUCUGAGAGACUUCUUGCUGGAUCUCUCUCUUUCUAAAGUGGCUGCCUCUCCAGUGCUUACUGAGUUCUGGGAGGAUGCAUUCAACUGCAGGCUGGGAAAAAGUGCAGCCACAGAUGAGAGAGUGUGUGAUGGAACUGAAGACAUAAAGACGCUCCAGAGCCCGUACACUGACACAUCUCAGCUCCGGAUCACAAACAUGGUAUACAAGGCUGUUUAUGCAAUAGCUCAUGCCAUUCAUAAAGCAGUGUGCCAGAAAACAAAUUCUACAACUCAGUGUGACAAAUUCACCAGGAUAGAGUCAAAAGAGGUUCUUACUCAGCUGAAGAAAGUAAAUUUUUCCCAAAAUGGUUAUGAUGUGUCAUUUGAUGCCAACGGUGAUCCUGUGGCCAGAUACGAGCUGGUUAACUGGCAAAAAAGUGAAAGUGGCAGUAUUAAGUUGGUGACAGUAGGGCAAUACGAUGCAUCACUGCCAGUGGGCCAGAAGUUCCGUAUCAACAGGAACCUCACCUGGGUGGCCGGUGGGACACAACCUCCUGUCAGAGGGGAGGGGUCCAAACAGUUGGUGUCUGGGGCGUGA